CUCAUCCUUCCACACCUGCUCGGCCGCUGCGACGUACACCAGGAUGCGGAAGAUGAAGAGGAUGGAGAGCCAAACUCGCCCGAUGACAGUGGAGUACUUGUUCACCCCGCUCAGGACACUCUCCAAAAAGCCCCAGUUCAUUUUCCUGUGGUCUCCACUCUCCUGUUCAGGGAGGAAGGUCACACUGACUCAACUGGCAAAAUGUGAAAUAUUCACAGGCUUAUUUUCUCAGGAAAUUAUCCCUAAUGAAACCUAAUAGUGCUUUAGCAAUUUUAAGUUUGUCUGUUGUUCCUUAUCAUACAAUACAUGCUGGUUUUUUUUGUUUUGUUUUGUUUUGUUUUUAUCAUAAUAGUGUCACUGUACUAUUCUUACACUGUUCCUGUGUUACUCAUUAAUUUAUAGUCACUUUGAUAGGUUAUUAAGCUUUUUUAAAAUCUCAUACAGUAUAAUUUUCCUAUGGGGAGCUUAGGUGCUGUGCUCAACUACAUUUUUAUUGACUUGAUCAAUGCGAUUCUUUAUUUCCUAUUGUAUAACUAGGCUAUAAUAUUUCUGUUAACUGUCCCAUAGGGACUAAUUGUGAAACCAGGUAGCUGCUAUCGAUCUAUCUAAUCAAUUUGCUACUGUUUCAUAAAAAAGCAUAAUAUUCAUAAUAAGGUAUUUUGAGGGCAUUGUGAUUUUUUAAUAUAUCUCACGGUCAGCCUUCAAGAUUUGUUUUCUUUAAGAUAUUAUUGUUAUCAAACUGUAUUAAUCAUGUUGGGUCCCGCUCCCUUCCCCAAACAAAAAGUAAUGUAUUUAUCAGGAGCGCCCAUGUCCAAAUUACUGUGUACUCUUCUCUUUUUUAACACAUCUGGGUUUUACCCCAGAUGACCUGUCUCAUUUAGAUAAAGUGUCUUAAAAGCUGUGGAAGCAGAGGAUGAGGAGAUGGAGACUUACCGCUGUAGAUGUGCCUUGGCGUUACCUGAAGCGCGGUGUCGGUGGUAAAGUCGCCCGGACAUGUCAGACGCCGAGGCCGGGAAGGGGAGGGAGGCUCCCGGGGAGAAGGGCUACAAGACACCGGGGCUGCGGGGUGCCCGAACCACUACGCUCUUCAGAGCCGUGAACCCCGAGCUCUUCAUCAGACCAAAUAAGCCGGUGAUGGCGUUCGGCCUGGUGACCAUCACCCUGUGCGUGGGCUACCUGGGCUACAUGCACGCCAUGAAGGAGAACGACCAGCAGCUGUAUGAGGCUGUUGACAGCGAGGGGGAGAGAUACAUGAGGAGGAAGACCUCCAAAUGGGACUGAGGACAGGACAGUAGACACAGAGGACACACGUUGUCACAGUGUGUGUGUAGGACUGAGUGGACUGAAAUCCUAAUGAGUAUGUCACAGUUUCUAUCAAAUGGCUCCACGUGAGAUUUUUCUCUAAUAAAAAAUAAUCACUGUGGUCCUUGGUUGUGAUUGGCCGAGCCAAGUUGGAGGCUUUGACCCCACAGCUCUUUGUCAAGAACUGAAUUGCUUGCCAAAAGAAUAUAAUGUCAUUUAUUUACUAUCAAUUAAAAAGAAAUGUUUUUCAAAAUUGC